UGUGUACUAGUACUCCGUAUCAGCCGCAUCAUCACUUUAUUGAAUCCUUGUCUCUGAUCCAUCCGAUCCUUGCUUGAAUCCUGUCACCCUCAUCUCCUGGUAACCGUAAGAGGCUCACUAGGCCUAGAAAAGCGCCUGGAAAUCCGGGACGAUACCUACUUGGGUCGUUGCCCUUCCAUUCUACGAGUACAAGCCUGCUCUCCUGCAAGGCUGCUUCGUCUCCUCCACUGCCUCUUCCACGCCUACUUAUCCGCUCACCUCCCGCUCGGACUUGGUUGACGCCCUGUCUAAUCGUCAUUGGCCCACCACUGCCAUCUUUUCCUGAAGCUUUCAUUUAUACUUAGCAAAUGUCCGCCCCCGGAUCCUGAAGUGAGGAGGGGUUAGUGAUCAUACGAGACGAGACAACUCGACAAGACGCUACAUCAUCUCGCUACCAUCUGCGGCGCACACUGCUUCAACUCCGAUCCUGCUCUCCUCAGUCCAGCCUAACUUGAUAUUUCUCACACCGCUGCUGCCGGACGUCCUUCUCUCUGCCUCUCUUCCUCAACAUACUAGUAUUUCCCAGAUUCACGAAGCGGAAAAGGCUUCAACGACGAUCAAUCUCUGCGUCGGAUCUACGGCUAGUAGCCAAUGAUACGCAGUGAGCACUGACUCGCAGCUGGGAAUCCGAAUCCCCACCACUGACACUGACGGGAACUCAAACAAAGGCCUUCAGCCCUCUGUGCGCCUUCCAGCUUCAGCUUUCCCGUUAUCUCUGCACACAACAACUCAAUGAGCGUUCUGACAGUGUCUGGGAUAACUACUAUCCCAGAUCCUACUCUCUCCUACGAUUACCCACGCUCUCAUCCUCCUAAUUCCACCUUACCUCCUCAUCCCGCCCAUUCGCCGCCUCCGGGCUCUUCCACCCGACCGGAUCGAAAGUCAUACACUUUGACGACAAAUCCUCAGCUGGCAACUGCGCCUGGGAUUAGCAACCAUAAACACUCUCGGACCAUCUCCUCCACCACCAUUCCUGCCGCGACUCUGCGAAAUCCCUCCUCUUCUCCUGCCACGCACCCGACCUCGGGUCACUCCCGCUUUCCGUCCUCUUCUCACUCUCGCCAAUCCUCUACCUCUACUUCACAAAACAUGAAUAUGCACAGACACAGCACAACAGCAUCAGCCAACAGCAUACCUCGACGAUCUACUUCAGGACGCUCGACCUCCACCGACAGCCCCACCUCAUAUGUGACAUUGAUGCGAAAACAAAAAGCUACAGUUUGGUGCGACCGAUCACAAAACAUCGAUCCCAGAUUAGCAGCCGCACACAAGGCUGCCAAACAAAGAGCUGCACUCGAGGUCCAAGCCGUGAACAACUCGGGACGAACCAGCACUCUAAGCUCCGGUGGAGUUGUGGGCAAAAUCAGACACGGUGGUGUGCCCAAAGCCCCGGGCUAUGUUCCGGCCAACCUGAAUGGGGCCUCAGUACCCCUGCGGCUCAGUGCCAACGAAAUGCUGGGUGAUGAGGAAGAGGGCCAGAGUCUAGGCGACAAUAGCAUGAGGCAUGCUCGAACAGGAAGUGGCAGAAGCAGCACAAACAGUGCCAAAUACCGAAGCGGAUAUCCCAGACCCGACCAAGGUCGCUUCAGCACUACGAGCACACCUCCGAGUGGCGAGGCCUCACCCAGUCGAGGUAUACCUGAAGAUUCAGAAUUAGGGACACCGGCACGAAAGAGCCACGACAACGACGAUGAAGACUCCUUUGGUGAAUUAAAAGACCUCUCCGGACCAAGUUCCGUACAGAGAGCUCUGGACCACGCAAAGCAGGCUGAAGAUCUACGGCGGCGAGGCAGUGUGGAUGAACGGACAAUGAGCAUGGGUGCUGGUGUUCGGUUGUUUGUGGCAAAUCCCGACAUUGAGGACUAAUGAGGGUUAAUCUGGGAUGAAAUGUUUUCUUGGAACAAGCGAUAAUCUAAUGGCAAUACGAGAUUCAAUGGCGCAGAGCAACGAUGAAGGACAUGAGGACGCUGUGCGUGGAGCGCCAGGUUCGAGCCUCGAAACAUGCAGUGAAUGUUACAGCUAUGAGAACAAGAUUGCUCGACGUCAAUACAGUUGACCGCCUAAGGGCAGGGCUCACACGGAUACCCAGGUCGAAUCUUUCGAACGGUUCAAACGCCAUCUUUCAGGAAAGGAAUGGCUUUGACAUCAGAACUGGAAAAUGCGUGCUUUGCACAAUGUAUGGGGAAUAGGCGAGCAUGACGCAGUUGCAGUUGCUCAAGGGUCGAUCAUCUGGAGAAGCAACAGAUCAGGGCGAAACCCUGGUCAAGAAGGAAUACGAAAACGAGAUUACCAGGCGACGAUCAUGAGGCUCGCUUAGGUCUUGCGUGCUUGGCUGUGCUGUGUACGCAACUGUCGAUAGCUCGGGAUGCUCGGCCUCUUGGACCGACGAUACAUGCCUACUAUGGGUACAUGUAUGAUCUGUUGCCCUUGACGCAGUAAUCAAAGGCACAGCCAGCUAUUUAAGUUCUUUCCCAGUAUCCUUUUGUUUGAAGCCACGGCCGGAAUAGUAAAGCGCAUCUCGCAGAGGGAUACCCUACUACCUUAGUAACUACCUUAGAUACCUGGUAUGGUACACGGUGCAUGUAGGUUCGAAUCCUACGGAGUACCAUCGUACGCAUGCCGAGUCUCAACAAUUGGCAAACUUGAC